GCGGUUAUCCCACUCGGACUUCUGCAAAUCUCCCGAAUCCCUCCGAAAGGGCCUUGGUCGUGCCCUAUACAGAUCUCCGUGAUCUAUGUAUUAGACCAUCGAUUCAUAGAUUUCUCUAGAACAGCGAAUGUUGCAUUAUCGUUCCUCGAUGCUGCAGUAGUCGCUCUCUCCGUAUACCGCCUUGUCUCAGACAAGGCAGUAUACGGAGACAAGUUGUCUCUACAUAGUGUUUUCCGUGAGUAG